AUGCAUCGUUCCCCAUAUGAUGGCCGUGCAGGCUCUCGCGGUAGUCACAGCAAUAGUAGUGCUUUCAGUCCCAACGCCAAUCCAAAUGAAGACUGGACAAAGAUCUCAGAUCUUGCAGAGCGUCGGCGCAUUCAAAAUCGUAUCGCCCAGCGCAACUAUCGCAAGAAACUAAAGCGUCGUCUGGAGGAUCUCGAGAGACGGGCUGCAACCUCCGCAUCCCCAGAACGGUCUGAAGAACCCGUGUCUCCCAAGAUACCAGCCAAGGCCCGAACGAAGCAGCGAGCCUCCAAAUCCAUAGAUGUCAAGUCCGAACAAUCAGACCGAGCAGGCCCCUACGACUACUAUUCCCCAGAGGACCGCCAAACCAUGUUCGCCCAGCAAUGCACCCGCCAGCUCUCAGCCUCGCCUCCACCAGUCUUCUCCUACCCAUCUCUCUCCCCCUACGACACCUACCGCCCAUCCGCCUACACCCAGUCCCAGAUCUACCACGCCACCCCCAGCACCUACAGCGAAAUCAACUACCAAGCCGAAUACGGCGAGCCCGUUUCCUCGCUGGUCCCAGUCCUCCCAUCAAUGCAGCGCAAACUCGCCUACGACGAAGACCUGAUCAGUCCCUUCAGCAUGAGCUACGCAACCAUGGCGGGGAUCGACCUGUGCCAACAGCAAGCACAAACCCAGUCACAUGCGCAACACCAAGCCUCCACCCUGCCGAUGCCAGCGCUUGCAUACAGCUACGAGGAACAGCGAGCGUCAACAUCACCCGAGGAAUCUAUUUUCACAUUCCCGUUGACACCGGAGUCGGCGCCUUGUUCGCCUCGCUCGAUGCUGUACGAGUACGAUCUACGGCGGUAA